CCGCUCCACUCCACCACCCUGCCUUUGCCCUCGCAAGGCCGAGCCACGGAGAGCCGCACCCAAAUCGCGUCCCGUCGUGGAAAGGGAGCGGGGGGUUGGGAGCGGGACAAAUCUCCCUCGUCACCACCUCCGUCCACCGCCACCUCCCUCUCGCCCCCUCAAGCCUCGCCCCUCGCGUGGGAGGGACGCCGUGUCCUCCUGCCCCCACCUCGCCGCGAGGGGAAACCCUAGCGGCUGCAGAUCUCCGGGCAGGCGCCCCGAUCCGGGCGGCCCGCGCCCCGAUUCGCCGCUCCCGGCGCCUCAAAUGGCGGAGGCCGCGGCGGACAACGACCUUGAGGAGAAACUCAAGGAUGUCGGCGCCCGCCUGCAGGAGGCGCCCCCCGACUCCGAAGGCCUGCUCAAGCUCCUCGACGACGUCGAGAAAAAUCUCAUGAAUGUGGAACAAUCGCCUGCAGCAAGCACAUUUGCUGCUGUUCGCCCAGCAAUGGAUGCCCUGGUUAGGAAUGAGCUUUUGACUCACCCUAAUGCCGAGGUCAGACUUGCUAUAGCAUCUUGUAUAUCUGAGGUUACAAGGAUCACUGCACCUGAGGCUCCGUAUGAUGACAAUCUUAUGAGGGAUUUGUUUUCCAUAAUUGUGGGGACUUUUCAGAAUUUGGAUGAUAUUGAGAGCCCGUCCUUCUCAAGGAGGCUUUCAAUUCUUGAGACCGUGGCAAAGGUCCGGUCGUGCGUGGUCAUGUUAGACCUUGAGUUGGAUGAUCUGAUUCUGCAGAUGUUUAAACAUUUUUUCGCAACUGUGACAUCAAACCAACCAGAAAUUAUCAUAUCAUGUAUGGUAACAACAAUGAAACUUGUAAUAGAUGAGAGUGAAGAAAUACAGACAGCGCUUGCAUCAUAUCUUCUUCAAAAGGCUAGAAAUGAGGAGAGGGGAACGUCUCCAGCAUCUUUUGAACUUGCCGAGAAGGUGAUAAGCUCAUGUGAAGAUGGGAAGCUAAAACCAAUAUUCUUGCAGUUACUUCAAGUUCAAGGCACCCCCUUAGAUGAAUACAGCAAAAUUGUCAAGCUGGUUUGUGAACGUGAUAAGGUUAUCAGGGAAGACAACAUUGUUGAUCUUUCUGGGAAGGACAUGGUGGAUGAUGGCAAACUUUCGGAAAGGACUAUUUCUGAUGAACUGCCUCAGGAAUCUUCAAAACUGGAGCAAGAUGGUACUCCAACUACUGCUAUUUGCAGUGGUGCAACUCUGGUUGAUAAUGGCGAGGCUAAUCAAGGACCAGUGUCUCCAAAAGGACCAGCGUCACCAAAAGGACCAGCGUCACCAAAAGGACCAGCGUCACCAAAAGAGAAGCCUGAACAGCCUGAAGACACAAAAGGUGCUGAUCAGUUGAAAUCUGCUAAUGACGAAGGUGUAGAACCUGUUGAUGCAAAGCCCAAGAAGUCAUCUGAUGUUGAUUCAAUGAAAGACCUGAAGCUCAAACACUGCAAGUCUGUGGCAACUCCACACUCUAUUGUUGAUGUUGACAAAGAAGCUCAUGUAAUAUCUGGAGAGUUAUCUGCAGACAAGAAGGUAGUCAAUGGAGUGGCUGAUAAUGUACCAAAGCGUGCUGAUACCGCACCUGAUAUAGUUAAGCCAAAACGAGGCCGGCCUCCUGGACCAAAGUCAGCAGAGAAAAAGGCUGCUAGAAAUAACCAAUCUUCAGAUUUAGAUUUGAAGAAGACUGAGGAGGCUAUGGAUUCAACUGGGAAGUUAACAAAGCGAUCAGCUAAGGAUGAUAUCAAAUCUGCCACAAAAAAGACUGGUGAAGGAGAAUCAUCAAAGAAGACUGCUAGAAAUAACCAAUCUUCAGAUUUAGAUUUGAAGAAGACUGAGGAGGCUAUGGAUUCAACUGGGAAGUUAACAAAGCGAUCAGCUAAGGAUGAUAUCAAAUCUUCCACAAAGAAGACUGGUGAAGGAGAAUCAUCAAAGAAGCAGCAAAAGCCCAGUUUGAAACAGCACAAGGAAGAAAUUCUAUCUGAGGAGGACACUGCCAAGGAUAUGACUCUAAAGGAAAUGGUCUCUCCAAAGUCUCUGACCAAGGGGUCAGGUAGAACCAAGGGUCAAAGUGGGGACAAUAAUGUUGUGAAGAGGAAGCGUGAACAAGAUACUGAAGAGCCUCCUCGCUCAAGGAAGGACAAAGGUCUGGAUGGUAGCCUAGUUGGUUCAAGGAUCAAAGUAUGGUGGCCAGAUGAUGAGAUGUUCUACAAAGGUGUUGUUGACUCAUUUGAUAACCAUUCCAAAAGGCAUAAGGUUGCAUAUGAUGAUGGAGAUGUAGAGGUACUGUUGCUCAGGGAUGAAAAAUGGGAUUUCACCAGUGAGGAAGAAAGCAAAACUCCUGAUGUACCAUCUGUUAUACCCCGUGGCAGAAAAGGGAGAGGAAUCACGCUGCUGCCAGUGAAGGAAGAAAAAAUAGAAACACCUAAAAGUGACGGAGGGGAGCUUCCAAAGAAAAGGGGCCGUCCGAAAGGUUGGCGCCCCAACAAUGGCACCCCAAGCAAAUCAAAGGGGAAAACUGCUAUGAAGGAUGCCAAGGGGACACCUAAAACUCCCAGCGAGAUUAAGAAGGAAGUCAAGGAAAAAGCCACCACUGGAUCAGCUAACAAGAUGAAGGAUGAUUUAGCUAAAGACAGCAGCAACCAGAAGCUUAAGGAGGUUGGGAGCAAGGGCAAGGAUGGAAGCAAAUCUGGCGAUGGAUCUGUGAAGGGUAGGCCUGGCCGGAAGCCAAAAAGCGCUCCAGUGGUGGGUAGUGGAUCUGGAUCUGUUCAAGAGAAGCAGGAGGAGAAAGAAGCGCAGGAGGAGGAGAAAGAAGAGGCGGAGGCAUCUGAAAUGGAGCAGGAGGCAUCUGGCAAGGGGGCGUCUUCAACUGGAAAGAAGCGCAGAAGGAAGGCUUAAGCUUAAACCAACCGUGAACUUCCCUCGUAAAUGGGCUCGCUCUCAUCAUGGCACCGUUGUAUGGAUUGUAACUCCUUGGUCGUUGUUUUUACCUUACCUAUUGAAUUUGUCUGUCUGCUGACUGGGCAUCAUCGUCUGUGUCUGUUGUAGUUAUUAGGGGGGCUGUGGCAGGAAACAUCUGCAGUAGCUGUAAUGUUAGUCGUGGCUUUAUGUUGUGGGAUGCAUGAUGUGAUGUUGCAGAGCCUCAAGGGAACAUCUAGUUUGUGUCGAAUGUUGUUGUAGCCAGCUUAUUCAUCUUCUAUUUAUAUAGGCUAUAUUUCAUCAUCA